GGAUCCAAUCGUUACCAAGGAGGAGGAGGAGGAGGAGGAGGGUAUGGAGGAGGAGGAGGAGGAGGAGGAGGAGGAGGAGGUCAACGCUACAUGGAUGUGACGGACCAGGUCACUGAUCAGAUUGGUGGAUUAAGGCCCACAAAUGAUCCUCAGCAAGGCUAUUAUGGCGGCGGAGGUCAGCCGGGAGGUCAAGGAGGCUACGGAGGAGGUCAAGGCGGCUACGGAGGAGGUCAGGGCGGCUACGGAGGAGGUCAAGGAGGCUACGGAGGAGGUCAAGGAGGCUACGGAGGAGGUCAGGGCGGCUACGGAGGAGGUCAAGGAGGAGGAGGACAAGGGGAUAUGAUUUCCGGCCUCAUCGGAGGGUUUCUCGGAGGUGGCGGAGGCGGGGGGCACCAGCAACAGCAAGGAGGAGGAGGAGGAGGCGGAGGCAUGAACGACCUCAUCACGGGGAUGGCUUCGAACUACAUCGGGGGAAUGAUCGGCGGCCAGCAACGGCAACAGCAACCGCGCAGCAACGACGACAACGAUUGGGUCGCUAAUCUCACCGCUAACGUCGUCAAGGGGAUUGUGAGCUCCAAUCAACGCGACGCCAACCAACCCCAAGCGAUGGUUCCGUCCGCCAACAACAACGACGUCGUGUCGAGUAUCACUUCGGGUAUAGUGCAGGGCUUGGUGAGAGGUCAGCUUAUGUCAAGCAAUACGACCCAAGGAAAUGCCGUCCCCAAAGCCGACGACGUCACAGUCGCCAACAUCGCCUCGUCUGUCGUCAAGAGCCUCGUCGAGAGUGACGACACCGACAACCGCACGGGCGGGAAUGCCGUGGAAAACCUUCGCACGUCUGGUGUUGACGAGGAAUUGUUGGCUGGGAUUGCCGGCAGUGUGAUGGCUGGGUUGGCAAGCAACCGCAACAACGACCACCAGCACGGGGGGGUGGUAGGGGUGGCUCCCCCCCCGCCCAGGGACUCGAUCGUGGCCAGCGUCACGACUAACGUUUUGAAGGGAAUCUUGAGCGGGAAAUGUGGCAACGUUGCACAGGCUCGAAAGACGGGCCUCACGCAGGAUUCCGUCGAGGCGAUUGCUAGCAACGUGGCCAAGGGUCUUUUCAGCGAGACAGAAAACGGAUCUCCGUAUAGGGACAUGAGCAAGAAAGAAAACGAGGAAGUUGUGCGUUGCGUAACCUCGAAAAUCGUCAACGCACUUGUGAGCCAAGACAGCGAGGGCAAAAUCCUGUCUUCGAAUGACCCCAACGUCAAUAGCUCCAUCGUCUCGAACAUUGCCUCGAAGAUCGUGCAGAAUAUUAUGACCUCGGACAGCCCAGAGGGAGAGGAGCUGAAAGCCGCGGCGCGCGAGGGAGGCGAGCUGGAAGGCGGCCUCAUUGGGGGCCUCGUGUCCGAUGUCAUUGGGGGAUUGAUAGGCGGAGGAGGAAACCGCGGAGGAGGAGGAGGAGGUCAGAGCCAGGAUGACGUUCUGUCCGGCAUUGCUUCGAACGUCAUCGGAGGUUUAGUCGGAGGAGGAGGUGGAAGCGGAGGAGGAGGAGGACAGUCGUCUAUGUCAGGCGGAGCCAUUGCGUCGAACAUCAUUGGCAAGAUUGUCAGCGACGGAGACGGGAAAGGUGGCCUCGCGGACGAUCUCUUGCGCCAGAUUGAUGUCGAUGGUAAAGGACCAGCCCCAGGGAACAAUAUACGCCUUCCUGGGGGUUUACCCGGAGGGGGGUUGCCUCUGCCGGGCCUUCCUGGUCAGCCUGGGGGGCCGUCCGGGUCCAUUUAUCGACCGAUCGCAAAACAAGUGGUGGAGUCUGUUGUGGGUAAUAAACUCGGACAAGGUGUUGUCGGCGAUGUAGUGAAGGAAACAUCAACGGACGUGUUGGCUGAGGUGAUGGAAGGGACAAUGGGGCCACAGUUCAGCCGUAAAGAGGAUGGCGAGGUGGUGGAGAAUCUGACGCAGAGCCAAGUGGACCCCAGCAAGCAUAGGAUUUUCCCCGAUCCAGGGUCACUCAUUUCCUCAUUCAUGAGUAAGGGCGCCUACCACCUGCGCAACCGACUCAUGGGCGGCGGGCGUGCCAGGGCCCAGCGCGUCGAUCCCGCCCACGCCGUCUUCAGGGUGAGUAGAGGAUGAGUAAAUUGUGUUUUU